AUGACGCCUGGACCCUCCUUUACAGUGCCUAGCACUUCCAGUGCAGCUGCAGUCGAGGCCGACCCUCUCGCAUUACCAUUUGCCAGCUCGAGCGCUACUCCAGAUCAAGACCAAACAACCAGCAACGAGAUCGCCACGUUCAGCAAUGAUGGCGCUCGAGAAGUUUCUACCGAUUCCGGCAGCAGCAACGACGGUCUGAGGCGCGCUGAAACCAGCCUAGCCCAACCCAAGCACUGCGCUCGGUGUGGACAGCUCCUUGAUGCCGGUCCAUCAUCACAAGAUCGUCAGCCACCGCUGCCUCGCACUCCUUCCUCGGCCUCCAUCUCGGCACCCAGCCCUUCCUCGUACGCUUUUGCUCCCGACUCGAUUCGCUCACAGCAUCGCCUUCAGCCCAACCAAAGCCUCACAUCCGCAAUCAACGCUGCUGCUGCCGUCGCCCUCUCCCGUCAUCUCGGCCCUGACGAGUCCGUCUUGACCGAUGCAGAUGGCCACGCGAUCUGCUUUCAGUGCGCUGCUCAACUUGCGGGCCAGGCUUCGUCUCCUGUGCAAUCCGAGUCCACGCCAGCUUCUUUGCAGGCCACGAAUGUCCAGCAGCCACCAGCCACUCCUUCCAACAGCAGCAGCAGCGCGAUCGCGCCCAGAAUUCUAGAGUCAACCGCUCCCACGCUAGCUCCAGGCGCCAGCAUUCCUACCAAUGCCCCUCAGAUGCAUCUCACUAUCUCGGUCGACAACAUGGGAGCAGGCGGUGAUGCCACACUCGCUCCAUCCGCCGACGAUAUUCACAUGCAGGAUCCUUCCAGCUUCCCACCACUUGAGCGCGCACCCAUCGACUCUGCUGUGAUGUCUUCUGCUUCGCCGUUGAGCGUGGCACGCUCAACGAGUCGUGGCAGGAUUCGUUUUGCAGCCGCUCCAGGUCAACAACACGCCGCCGGCCACAGGGAAGCUUCUGCUUCUUCAUCCAUUUCUGCUGCUCUUGGCAGAUCGGGCAGCUUCUCCAGAAGCCUCAGCUACAAUGGUCCAGAGAGUGUAAGCUCUUCCUCUGCUCCUGUCGUCGUCAGCUUCCCCCCGUCGAUCGCAGCCACUCCUGCGUUUGAGGCAGCUCCUGUGCUUGCCUCCUCACAGCCCGCUCACCCUUUUGCAUCUUCUGCGUCUCUGCCCGCUCAUUCGUCACAAUCACAGCAAGCAUCAGCAACGUCGCAAGGAUCUACAUCGCACAGUCAUGUGCCGGCAGCUGCAGACACAAUCACGACAGGAGUCAGACAACGCCGGCCAUCCUCUGCACGACGUCUCAGUCGUCCUAGCUCUUCUUCUUUGGGUCCCACCACCACGCCUCUCGCGGCCGUCGGCGCUUCGGGCGCCACUGCCGCUUCAGCAUCAGUAGCGGCAGCAUUGUCCAACAACGACGACAAUGAUCCCUUCGGACCGGGUGCAGUGACACGGCCACGGCUCAGCCAGCUUUCGACGCACGUCAUCGCAGACGAGCUCUACAAUUCGGCGAGGCAAACCCGACCACCUUCACUCGUCUCAUCUUCCACAUCCACAUCAUUGGCCACAUCAUGCGCACAGCAUGCUGCUGGCAUUGAUCCCUCUAGAUCAGUGCGAUACCAUGCCGACCCGCUAUCGUAUUCUAGCUCUAACUUGGUGCCGCAGACGGCAUCAGCGGAAAAGAGGCGAUACGACGAAGCUCAAGGCAUGGACAUUGAUAAUGAUGAGGAAAAAGUGUCAAUGGGUUUGGCUGCCAAGUUGGGCGACGUACGUUGGUUCGACCCGUACGAGCCUGACCCGCUUGCCGAGCUGUCACGCCUGCGCAAUCCGCCAAAAGGCCGAGGAUGCCUCUACCCAGGCGCAACUUUCAACGGUACACAAAAGUCGGGCCGCAACUCGUACGACGUCACCGUUCGUGUCGUCAAUGUGGACCUGGAAGCUUCGCACCUCUGCGGCUAUCUCAACAUCCGCGGACUCACGGAGGACUGGCCCGAGCUCACCACGUACUUCGAUGCCGAGAUCAUCGGCGAUCGGUACGGAUUCGUGACGGGCAAGUGGGGUGCGACUGAGGCAGACGACCUCAAGCACUGGGCGCGCUUCCCGCCUUUCCGGCCGCUUCGAUCGGCGCUGUCUAAACCGGGGCUGCGGUUCAAUCAUCUCAACAAGCCGUUCGUGUUCAUGCGCUGGAAGGAGAAGUUUUUGGUGCCUGAUCACAGGGUGAGGGAUAUCAAUGGGGCGAGCUUUGCUGGUUUCUACUAUGUUUGUGUGGAGUUGGGUGAGAGUGCGGGGCGGCCUCCUGCUGCUGCUGCUGGUAGCCAGACGAGGGGGAGGAGGGAUAGCAAUGUUUCGAUGGCGAGUACUACGACGGGCGGGCAUUUGUCGCCUGCUGGCUCGCCGAAUCUUUCCCGUCCGUCUGCCGCAGCGGUCGGCGGUAGCCCGUCGAACUCUCUAACGGGAACCGCAGUCUCGGGCCAGCAAUGGUAUGCGGCGCGCACGCAACGCCGACGAGAGCUUUCGCUCUCUGCGCCAUCGUACCCUCUGGCGUCGUCCAACGCGCAGCUCGCGCAUGCGUUCCAUCAAGAACAACAGCAGCGCCAACAACAGUCCGCAUUCUACGAUCCGAUCUACCACCAUCACUCGCCGCACGACGGGAUGGCGCUGCCGUCAGGGCCGGGGUUCUGGCCAGCGUCGCCUACGAGUCCGCACAUGCCGCUAGGGGGUGGUGGUGGCGGGGAGGAUGUGUUUGCGAGCAUGUGGCCCGACAUGGAGGUCGAGAAUGGUUACGACGACGUAGGCGCCUUGGGCAAGAUGUCGGGUUUCUACUUUCACGAGAAUUCCGAACCGUACCAGCAGCUCAGUCUGCAUCAUACGGCCGAAUCUUGCUCGAGCAGUUUUGAGAUGCGCUGA